GAGAAAUCAGAAUAUCUUUUUGUCAGGAGCCAAAACAUUGAGCUGAAGGCAGAAAGAGAGACACUAUGUUCAGGUUUUCUCUACUAGUCUGUGUCUCCCUGAUAUAUGGCACCACAGCGAAGCCAUAUAAACCGGGGAAUAAACUUACAGAUGCUGCAUUCCAGGAUACAGUUAUGUCCAUGGAUGACGAAGGAAAGAUGUCCUGGGGAGUGGAAGUGGAACCUCCUGAGGACUUGGACGAGACUCACUACGACUUCGACCCCAGCAUGAAGAUUUGGCAGAGCAUGGCGGGCAGGGAACGGCCCCCGAAGGCUGAAGAAGACUUGGAUGAGCUGCACCAUCCUUCAAUGGAAGAUCUCCUCAAAGUCCCUAACCAGGAUGUCCAGCCUGUUGCUGACAUGUCGUACGACGAACCAGAGGAGGAUAGAGACAACAUUGACCACCCUGUUCUCAGCGAGGUGGCCUCACAGGAAGCCGAGCAGGUCCAGUACAAAGCUGGUGCAUGGGCCAGCGUCGCACACUCAGAACCAGAGGAGGACAAGGACGAGCUGUAUCAUCGUGACGACCAGAACUUUUUCGUGCAGGUGGAGCCACUGAGGCUUGAGGUCAUCGGAGAAAAUAAGGUCAGACUUCACCUCCAACCAGAGGAGGACAAGGACGACCUGUAUCACAAAGAACAGCUGCAGCCCGCUCCUUACCAGUAUGCUGCUGAAUCUGGUGCUCCUGUUGAUUUGCCUUAUCAGAGGAAGCACAGUGAACCAGAGGAAGAUUUGGAUGAUCUCUACCACAUGUGAUCAUUCAACAACCACAACCUUUGAAGAUCCUUAUUGUGAUCAUGUUAUCUUAAUCGCAUGUUCAUUUUGACUCCAUUAAACUGUUAAACU